AUGUCCAAAAGAAAGUUUGUUCGUCUGGUGGCAUUUACUAAGGUUACUGCUGACAUUGAGGAUGAGAUUUUAGAAACAUAUAGUGAAAGUCUUGAGAACGAUGACUUUUUCCUCCAUGAACUUCCCAACUUUUUUUCAAAAUUGGAUAUUCCUAAUUGUUUUAUCAAAGACAUAAAUUUAUGUAUAGAUUAUUAUUAUGAUUAUAUACAUGGGAAAGAUGUUGAGUAUAAUCCAAAUCAUGCCAAACAAAGUACCACUUUACAGUUUAUUAAAAGUUAUACCAUCACUCCAGUUGCGAAUGAUAUAGAGGCGAUCAUUGAUGUGGUUGAUAUUGACAAGUUAGUAAAGAAUUGUUGUAAGUUAAUUAAAUUCCGUAAUAAUUAUAAUUUGAUAUAUGAUAGUUGGAGCUUAUUCGUUGGCAGGAUUAUUGAUAAAAAAACUGAUAUUACAAGCCAUAAACUUACAUUGCCACAUUUACAGAAAAUCAAGAAAGAUUUGGGAUUAGACAAUGACCUUAGUGACUCACUAUUGAUUGACAUGUUAGGUUCAUGUGCCACUGUUGAUGGUGAGAUAGUAAAUUAUGAUUGGGAAAAGGUGAAGUCAGGGAAAUAUGUAACAAUUAAAGAUUUUGCGGAGAUUAUGGGACAACUAGGGGAACUAGAUUAG